CAAGUUUGUGUAGGUUUGUGCCGCUCGCUCGUGCGGGAUUCUUGAGUGAACCUCAGUGAUCUUACAUGUAGAAGAUAACGUCCAUACGUAAAGUUCUAUCUCAACACUAUUACAUUUAUCUGAAAUAAACAGUUCAUAUAAAUCUUCCCCCAAUCUAUGAAUUAUAACGUUUGAGUACGCGAUUUCUACCCGCAUAGCAAUUUAACCAUCAAGAAAGAAAAGAAAAAAGAAAAAAAAAAGUGUGGAAAAUAUACACCCGGAAUACAAUAAAAAUGUGACGUCACUGGCGAAUCCACGAACGAGAGAUGGUCUACUUUUCUCGCACCCGGAGUGGAGGAGGAAGGAGAAGAAGAAAAUGAUGAUAAAGGGGAGGAAUUGAUAAAGGAAAUAAUUUAAAGAAACGGACCAUAAUCGACGCAAAUGGCCUAUUAAAAGGACCGGAAGGAAAUAGCCCUCAAGACAGCACCAACUAGCACCUCGGAACAACUAGUGUUUCCAGACAAGUGAGCGAUCGGUCACAAAUGUUUCCCGAAGUGCCCCGCCGCGGCCUCCCGUUUCAGUGCCCCAGUGCCAGUGCCCAGUGCCAGUGCCCAGUGCCCAGUGCCAGUGCCCCAGAGCCAGUGCCCCAGUGCCAGUGUCUCAGUGCCAGUGCCAGUGUUAAGUGAUGCUGAGUGCUGACCCUCGCUCGAAGCACGCCAUGUCUACCGCGCUGACGACGCCCCUGUGGUCCCCCGCGCCCUCCCACCACUCGGGCCGCCCGCCGGGGGUCUCCGCGGGCGUGGAGAUCAGCUGGCCGAGCCCGCCGUCCCCCCAGCCCGCCCACCUCUCCUCGCCGGCCAUGUCCGACCCGUGGGCGGCGCUGGACGAGGGCUCGUGGGCGUCCCAGCUGGCCAACUCGUCCCUGGCGGUCGAGGAGAGCGCCAACGCCUCGGGGCUCGACCAGCUGGCGUCCGCGGGCGUCAACAAGACCUUCUGGACGGGCGGCAAGAUCCGGCUGGGCGUGGAGCUGGAGCUCUUCCCCGACUGGGUGGUGGGCGUGUGGACGGGCGUGCUGGUGUCCCUCCUGGUGGUGGGCGUCGGGGGGAACGUGCUGGUGCCCGUCGUGGUCGUGCGCACGCGCGAUCUGCGCUCCUCCACGAACCUCCUGCUGGUCAACCUGGCCGCCGCCGACCUGCUGGUGCUCGCCGUGUCCCUGCCGACGGCGCUGACGGAGCUGCACUCGCGCCCCGAGACCUGGGUCCUCGGCCGCCCCAUGUGUAUGCUGGUGCCCUUCGUCGAGUACUGCGUCUGCCACGCCUCCGUCCUCACCAUCCUGGUCAUCAGUUUCGAGAGAUAUUACGCCAUCUGCAGGCCCCUGAGAGCGUCCUACACCUGUACGAAGAUGAGGGCGUGGACUUGUAUUUUGAGCAUAUGGGCGUCAGCUGUUUUGUUGUCCAGCCCGAUGCUAGUCAUGAGCAAACACGAGUGGGUGCCCUAUGCAGACGGCUCCACAGUCCCCGUCUGCUUCACCGACCUGACUUCGCUCUGGUCAUGUCUCUACAUCAACGUGGUCACCGCCGUCUUCUUCUUCGUGCCCUUGGUGCUGCUGGUGCUCCUCUAUCUCGUCAUCGGCAGGAGUUUGAUGCAGGACUCCGCCUCGGCCGCUCUGCAUCACCGCAAAGUCGACCUGCCCAAUAUGAAGGCUAGGAGACAGUCUCGUUUCCCCCUCCCCUUCCGAGUUCUCACGCUGUGGAUUGUGUGGACGCCCAACGAGACAAUAAAAGACGUCGGAGCUCUGCGCUACUACAGCAUGCUGUACGCCGCGCGCGUGCUCCUGUUCGCCAACUCGGCCGUGAACCCCAUCCUGUACAACCUGACGUCGACCAAGUUCCGCGACGCCUUCCUCAAGCUGCUGCGCAACGAGCGCCGCCGCCGCCGCCACCUCAGCCGCCAGUCCACCUUCAACACCACCGGCACCUCCAUGUCCAACGGCCGCAGCGGUUCCUCCCGCGCCGCGCCCUCCGAGGUGGCCACCAUCAGGGAGCACCCGGCGCGUGUGGCCCUGGCCCGCUGGGGGCGCCACGCCUCCCUCGACGAGUUCCCGGCGGCGCCGCGGGCCGGCAUGGCGCGCUACGGCCGCCAGAGCUCCUUCGCCGGCACGCACUGGCUCCCGCCCGCCGGCAGCGCCUCCUCCAGCGCCGCCUGCAGCCGCCAGAACAGCCGCGCCGGCGAGAACGGCGCCGCUAGUCCCGGCGAGGCGCGGCGCUGCCUGGAGGGCGAGAAGCGGCACUCGGGCGAAGGCCGGCGGCUGCUGGAGGGCGAGAGGUCGUCCUUGAACCAGGGCAUGAUCGCGGAGGAGAGGCCGCGCGGCCACCUGGCGCGCACGGAGAGCAUGAGGCGCAUGCGGGAGCGCAAGAUCGACACGGAGAUGGACACCCUGCUGUCGGAGCGGCCGAGCGACGCCGCGCACGCGCCCACGCCCACGGCCGCCGAGACCGUCUUCAGGCUGGAGAGCGAGCGG